CUGGAGGGCUUCACGUGUGUGGAUGUCGGGAAGGUGGCUGACAGGAAGCGGGCAGCGACGGGAGCAGAAGCAUCCAUAAUGAGCGCGGUGCUGCUGCGCUGUUCGCCCCGCCGCCUGCUCGCAGGAUUCGGCUCGGUUUCCGCUUGUCGGCACAAACUCGUCACACAAGCAGCAGCGAUGCCUCAGCUGUGCAGCCUGAGAAAAACGAUACACUAUCAGACGGAGGAGAGAGGACACCCCAAUUCUCCGGACUACCGGAUUUAUUUUAAAACGUCUGAAGGAAAGUACGUUUCACCGUUCCAUGACAUUCCACUUAUAGCAGAGACAGAACAGGACAGUAAUGUGCCAGCUAAAAAACCCAAGAAGAAUGAGAGUGAGGUGCUCUUCAACAUGGUUGUGGAGGUGCCUCGAUGGUCAAAUGCUAAAAUGGAGAUUGCAACUAAGGAACCUCUGAACCCGAUCAAACAAGAUGUAAAGAAAGGAAAGCUCCGGUAUGUUGCCAACAUAUUUCCCCAUAAAGGUUACAUUUGGAACUAUGGGGCUCUCCCACAGACAUGGGAGGACCCAAACUACACAGACAAAGACACAGAGUGUUGUGGUGAUAAUGAUCCCAUUGACGUCUGUGAGAUCGGCACUCAGGUGUACUUUCCGGGUCAGGUGAUCCAGGUGAAAGUACUCGGCAUCUUGGCCAUGAUCGAUGAGGGAGAAAUGGACUGGAAGGUCAUCGCCAUCAAUGCUGAGGACCCUGAUGCUCAAAACCUAAAUAGCAUCGAAGACGUCCGCAAGAGCCGGCCCGGUCAUUUAGAGGCCACUGUCGACUGGUUUAGGAAAUAUAAGGUGCCUGAUGGAAAGCCCGAGAACCAAUUUGGAUUCAAUGGACAAUUCAGAGACAAGGACUUUGCCGUUGAGAUCAUUAAGUCCACCCAUGAGCACUGGAGGGCACUAGUGCAGAAGCAGACGAACAGUGGAGGAAUCGCAUGCAAAAAUAUCUCCUGCUGUGAGAGCCCUUUCAGAUGCAGUGAAGAUGAGGCCAGAGAUGUGGUCCAAUCGGCCCCUGCAUUUGGCAGCGCACGUCCUGUGUCUCCUGAGGUGGAUAAGUGGCAUUUUGUCUGAAGCCCUAAAGACAAUAUGGAAACCAACAAAACGUCUUAACGUUGUAUGAAGCAGCUGCAUCUUUUGUAUGCAGCUGCAUUUAUUUUUGCUAAGGACUCAUUUUCAGCAGUUUAAAGUGCCAUCUACGUUCACCAUCCAAUAAUCUGUUAUAAUAAUAGCAUUGAAACAAGAUCUGUGCUUUUGUAAUGUUGAUUAAAGAACCAGGAGUGAGAUGUGUUUUGUGUUUAGCCUUGUUUAAAACUGAAAGUCAUGCUAAUAUGCUCUAUUUUGCGCUUUAGCGGUUAAUCAGUUUGUGCUUGUAACCACAAGCACAACACAGUUUGUAUGUAACAAGCCAUGGCUUCCUGUUUGGGCAAAUAAAAAAAAUAAAGUGUGAACAUGACA